CGUCACUCUUUAAUAUUUUUUCACUCUAGACACAUCAAUCUAUCAAAUCAAAAAUGAUGAAAUUGAUUAUUUCCUUUGCCAUUGUGGCGUGCGCCUUCGCUGACGUCUCCCAUCUGUUCCGUCCCACACAAACUUACUCGUCGUUGCGGGAUGUUCCGAUUUUGCGUCUGGAAUCCGACAUCAGCCCGGACGGCAACUACAAAUAUGCUUACGAGACUGGUAACGGAAUCGCCGCCCAGGAACAAGGACUAGGAGGCCAAGCGGCGAGAGGAUCCUUCUCGUGGACUUCUCCGGAAGGAGUUCCGGUAGCCAUCCAAUACGUGGCCGACGAAAACGGUUACCAACCUCAAGGAAACGUGUUGCCCACUCCACCACCAGUACCCCAAGCCAUCCUGAGGUCUCUGGAAUGGAUCAGGACUCACCCCCAACAACCUGAGCCAAGAAGAUUCUAAUUUCACAAAAAUUUUAUUUUGUUAUUGUUGAAAUUUUUAGUUUAUAGUAAUAGGAAAUAAAUAUAUUAAAUAUAAGAACUAC